UCCACACGAUUAUCCACAGGACUCAACAUGGAAAAGCAAUUGACAUGCAUGUGUUAAAAAUCAAAAAUAUCCUCAAGACACCCUACAGAGCUUCUCCAUGGCUCGAAAUGGAAUUUCAUCCUGAAUUAACUCUGAACCCAUGCUAUGAACAACACCAUGAUUGUGUUUCUGCUAGUAUAUCUGUUAUGCACCUUAUCUAGAGCACUAAGAGCAGUUCUGUCCUAGGAUAAGUUCGCAUUUCAGAAACAGUCUGAAUCUGUGAUUACGAGGCGUGUAGAAUAAUAAAUAAAAAUGUUAAAAUAUUUUCGACGAGCUGCAAAAAUGAACAAAGACAGCGGAGAGCUUAAGGAAUAUCAACCUUUACUUAAAGAUUUCAAAGAACCACCUCAACAAAUAAAGGUUCCCAGUAAGUCUCUUCUUCUGGCUGUCUGGGCGGCUGGCAUUGGUGGAACGUUUCAGUAUGGCUACAAUAUAUCGAUCAUAAAUGCACCUACCAAGGCUGUGCAGAACUUCAUUAAUCAGACAUGGACUGAGCGCUACAACACUGAAAUCUCCACACAGGUGCUCACUCUCCUCUGGUCCACCAUAGUGUCCAUAUUCACUCUCGGUGGACUUGUGGGAGCGUCUGUGGGGGGAACUCUGGCCAUUAGAUUUGGAAGGAAAGGGACAUUAUUGUUCAACAACACUUUUGCUCUGUUGGCUGCUUUCUUCAUGGGCUUGAGUUAUCCUGCCAGCUCUUUUGAGCUUUUAAUCGUUGGACGUUUUUUGACGGGAGUAAACGCAGGUAUCGCAAUAUGUGUUCAGCCUUUGUAUAUUGGUGAGAUCGCACCUAGAGCUCUGCGUGGUGCUAUGGCGAUGGGAACUUCCAUUUUCAUCACCGGAGGGAUCCUAACAGGACAAGUGAUUGGCCUCAAUGAGCUGUUAGGUAAGGAAGCGUACUGGCCCAUCCUCUUGUCCACCAUCUGUAUUCCAGCCAUAAUGCAGCUGCUGACUCUGCCCUGGUUCCCCGAGAGCCCUCGCUACCUGCUCAUCGACCGCGGAGAUGACGUCGCGUGCAGAAAGGCUCUAAUGUGGUUCCAUGGCCCGGAUAAAUACCACGGAGAAAAGGAGGACAUGGAGACAGAGAGGAUCAGUGCCCUUGGAAUUAAACCCAAAAAGCCCUGGGAGCUUUUUACGGAUACCAGUCUUCGCUGGCAGCUCCUGACCCUCUUCAUGAUUCACACUUUCCAGCAACUCAAUGGCAUCAAUGCGAUUUAUUUCUAUGCAGACUACGUGUUCAACCAGGCGGGGAUUCCAGCUAACAAGAUUCCGUACGCUACAGUGGGAACUGGAGCUUGUGAGUGCAUCACCGCACUGACGUGUGGUCUUCUCAUCGAAUCUUUGGGAAGAAGAGCUCUGAUUAUUGGUGGAUACACUCUCAUGAGCGUGUGCUGUGUCUGUUUCACCAUCACCCUCACUUUUCAGGAGUCCAGCCCAUGGGUUCCCUACCUUAGUAUGGUCUGUGUUUUUGCCUUCAUUCUCAGUUUUGGCCUUGGACCAGGUGGUGUGACAAAUAUUUUAACAACAGAGCUGUUUACCCAAACUGAUCGAGCUGCUGCGUACAUGAUCGGCGGCUCUAUCAACUGGAUGGCUUUCUUCUUCAUCGGCAUGAUUUUUCCAUUUAUUGUGAAUGGACUAAAGCAGUACUGCUUCCUUGUUUUCCUGGUUAUCUGUUGCUUGGUGGCCACUUACAUCUUCUUUGUGGUCCCUGAGACCAAGAACAAGACCUUUCUGGAGAUUCAGAACGAGUUUCACUCUAAAAAGAAGCUCGUUGCUGCCAAUGGUACCGAGGGCCCUCUACUGUCCACACCGAUGUAAAACACACAAUACAUUUACAAAGCACUGUGUUUUAAAGGGCUUUAUAAUGUCUGUGUACUUAUGUAUCAAAGUGCCAAAAUACCUGGAAAUGUAAAACCAGAAAAGAUCUAUAUAAAAUUUCUAAUUUGCGACACAGACACCGCACUACAUCAUGUGCCUUCAAAAUGAAUACUGCCUUUUACAUCAAGGAAAGUCACAUGAUGGGAGGGACUUUGGAUGAGUUUUAUACAAAUGAAUAUGGUUUAAACUACUAUGCAGAAAUAGGCUACUAUAAAGAACUAUUCAGAAUCUGGUUUCUGUCAUUCUUUUUAUCACUAAUUCUGUAAAAUGGAUCCAUAUGAUCUUAAGCAAGAAACAUGUCAUAAAAUCACUGAAUGAAUCAUGCUUCAAUUUAUUUUCAUGUCAACAACAGUUUUGGCAAUAAAGGAAAUGU